AUGAAAAAAUUUUGGAAUUUCAUAUGUUGUGCUCUAGAUUCAGAAGAAGAAUAAAUAAUUGAAGAAAAAUAAAUAACAAUUAAAAAAGAAGAAAAAACAACUUUAGAGCUUUUUGGUAAUUUUGAUACCUUAAACUAUAUGCUGGUUAGAAUGACCUAAAAGAAUUUUUUUGUUGAUUUUUCAAUGAGAAAAUCAAAAUUAACAGAAAAGAAUCCCUUAACUGUCUUUAUAUCAUAUAUUGAUAAUGAUGUCAAAUAUGAAUAAGAUGAAUAAAGUUAUUUAAUACCAGAAAAAGUUUUAUAAUAUAUAGGUAGAAGAAUGAGAGAAGUUAAACCAUCAUUUAUUGUAGAUGGUCUAUCAAGAAGUGGCUUUAAUGCAAUCUAAUUCUCAUAUGAAACUAAUACUUUUGUUUUGGGAAGUAACUUUUCUAUGUAAUAAAUAAAAAAUGCUAUUCAUAAUACUACAAUUUGUAGUUUAAAUUCAAAAUGUGAAUUUUUAUAAGCCACUUUACCUAAAUUGCCAAUUAUUUAAAAUGAUGUCUUCUUCAUCUAACCAGAUUAUUAAAUUAUUGAUGACAAAUUAUCUAUAGAUAAUGUUUUUCCUUCCAUUUCAGAAAUUUUAGAUUAUUUUUUAAUUUGGAGUAAAAAUUUGAUUCUUGUAUUGCCAAUUUAAAUUGAUCUACAAAUAUUUUGUGAAGUCUUUUCCUAAAAAUUAAAAGAACAUAACUUAGAUCAUCUCAUAUUUGAAAUUCAAAGAAUACAAAUAGAUGGUGAGUUGUAUUAUUACUUUAUUUAUUUUGGAGAUAUUGCUGCUAUUCAAACAUAAGAUGAAUAUAUGUUAAUGACAGAAAUGACAUUAGAAGAUUCUAAUUAAUUAAAUUUAUUUGAUUCAACAUACAUGUUACUCAAAAAUAUUGGAUAUACUACAAAUCCAAGAGAAAUUAUGAAUAUCUUACUUUACUCUAAAUCAAUGUCUUAAUCAGAAACCACUUUAUAAAUACUUAUAAAUUAAGUAAAUAUACUUUUAUAUUUUAUCAUCUUAGUUACUUUUUAAAGGAUUUACAAAUGAAUAAACAAUCAAAUAAUUAUUCGGUGAUGACAAUGUUUUGUAAUCUUCUACACCUAAAUAUAAUCAAAUCCAAGUCUAAGAAAAUACAUUUGGAUAAGAUUCUUAAAUUAAAUAAUGUUAUGAACAAUAGAAAACAUAAAAAAAUAAAAAAUCCAAGAAAUCUCAAUUCAUAUCAUUUAAUAUCCCAAGUGAAUGA